AUGUCUCGUUCAACGCCUUUAGUUUAUUUGGAUAUUUCUAUCGGCACUCAGCCCGCUGGGCGUUUGGUCUUUAAAUUGUUUGCAGAUAUUACUCCGAAAGCAGCAGAAAACUUCAGGGGGCUCUGUACAGGAGAGUAUGGUUUAAGCAAGGGCUCCGGUAAACCUCUAUGCUAUCGAGGCUGUUUAUUUUUUAGAUAUGUUUCGGGUGUAUUGCUACAAAGCGGAGACUUUAUUAACAACGAUGGUUCUGCAGGAGAAAGCAUCUGGGGCGGCACAUUUAAUGAUGAAAACUUUGCUCGCAGACAUGCACAAGCUGGGUGUCUGAGCAUGGCGAACAACGGCCGCAACAGCAACGGCUCUCAGUUUUUUAUAACUUUGAAGAAGACACCGCAGUUUGAUAAUAAACAUCAAGUAAUAGGGCAGCUAAUUGAAGGGAUUAACGUCUUAAGAGCUAUGCAACAGAUCCCUGUACACCCGAACUCACAAACUCCUAGAGUUCCUAUUCUUAUCACUGGUUGCGGUCAGCUGGCUGCUCCUUCUGCUCUUCGUAAUGCAUCAUUAAGCGGCGUCCGAUCUCAGCUCGAAACUCUGAUGAAAAAGCAUGAAAAAGAAAUGCAGAAACAAGCAGAAGAUGCACGCAAACUUAAAGGGAGUGACGAGGAGUCGGUGAGCAGCAGCAGCGACAGUGAGAUGGAAGCCCCGUCGCGUCGCGAUAAGAAGAGAAGACUUGAGAGAAAGAGACAGAGAUUUUUAGAGAGCAGCACAUAUGCAGCACAGCAAGCCUUAGAGAAGGUUGCUGCAGGGGGAUCUCUUAAGGAGCUGCUGCAGCCAAAAGAAGCAGCAGCAGCAACAGCAGCAGCAGCAGAAGCUCCAGGUGCUGCGUUUCUAUAUGACGGCGACAGCAGCAGCAGCGAUGAUGAAACACAGCAGCAGCAUCAGAAAAGAGCAGCAGCAGAAGCAGCAGCAAUAGACCCUCUAGGCAAGCUAUUGAUGGAUUUGCAUGAUGAUGAAGAUUCAGAGACAAACGAAGACAACAGCAGCAGCAGCAGCAGCAGCAGCAGCGGCAAAGCAGCAGCACGUGCUCUGCUUCUGGAGAGGAAGCAAAAGCUGCUGUCUCUUCGUCUCCAACUCAAUCAGGGCCGCGCCCUCAACACCAAAGAGGUGUUAGAAGAGAAGAAGCAGUGGCAGAUGCCGCAAGCAGCAGCAGCAGCAGCAGCAGCAGCAGCUCGUGAUGCGUACAAGCGUUUGCAGGAGGCUCCGAUGUAUCGGCUGUAUCAGGAAGAGAAAGAAGAAGCAGCAGAAGAAGAAGCAGCAGCAGCAGAAGGCAGCAGCAGGUCUACCGCAGCAGCACGAGCAGCACGAGCAGCAGCAGCAGCAGCAGAAUCGAGCGACGAAGACGAAGAAGCUGAUGGAAGAAGCAGCAGGUCAAGGAGAAGGCAUUUAAAUGCACAGUCUGUCUUAAAUCAAACACUUGCUGCAUCAGAAGAAGCACAGCGUUUAAAAAAGAAAAAGUCUAAAACUACUUUCGGCUGGAAUGUCUUCAAUGUAGAUGCGAUAUACAGAGCACAUAAAAAGAG